AUGAGUCUGGACUCUCUGUUUCAGCAGAUCCUCCUGAGCGAGCAGCAGCUGGUCCAGCAAACACACAAGUUUAAAGAAGUGAAAGUCGCUAUUAUCAAGUGUAAUGAGAAGAUUAAAGCCGCCAAGACCAGGUUUGAAGAGGCUAAUCAGGAACUGGAUGAAAAGGCCCUGCAGCUGUCUGCCAUGAGACUGCAGUACAAUCUGCUUCAGCGGACAGAGGAGCAGAUCAACAGCCACAUAGAGGAGCAGAGGAGGAGCAGAGAGCACCUCACAGAGCACCUGGCGUCCAUAAAGCAGCAGGCCUCAGAGGAACAGGAGAAGUUUCUGGAGGAAAUCUCCAAGUUCAAUAGUGACAUGAGCCUCCAGACCAGCCCCUGGACUGUGCUCCACAACAGGAACCAGGAACUGGUCCAGGAGCUGCUCAGGGAGGAGGAGGAACUUCAAACAGAGAUGAAGCAGAUGAUCCAGGGCAGCAGAUACCUGAAGAGUGUGCAGGAGGAGAGGAGGGCUCUGCUGCUGGAGCUGCAUGGGUUGGACUCAGUCUGUACAGAUGUGGAAAAGGCGCUGACAGAAGCAGAGGAGCAGACUCAGGCUCUAACAGCCCAGAGAGCAGCAGUCAGCCAGAAGCCCCUCACUGACCCCAGCUGUGUCCGGUUAAGAGCGGAGCUGGACACUGUCAAAGCUGAGGAGAUGGAGCUGCUGAGGGAGGCACUCAGCUCAGAGAUCCUCUUCCUCCAGAAUACUCUACACUCACCAUCAAAAGCUGGUCUGAAUGAAGAGGAACAGGACCGUUAUAAGUUCUCAAUGUGCACACCCAGCAGUAAGUAA